UCGAAUCACAGACACACAAACCCACUAAACAUUCUUCUAAUGUCUCGUCCUCUUGUCUUCUUCUUCUUCCUCUUUCUUGUCUUGGUCGUCCCUUGUCUCUCCCAUGGAACCGGAGGAGACCACGACGACGAUGAGGCUCCGCACGUUAAGAGUUCCGAUCUCAAAUCUAAAUCCUUAAUCUCUGUCAAGAUCGCAUGUCUUGUCAUCAUCUUUGUCCUCACGUUUAUCAGCGGCGUAUCUCCUUAUUUCUUGAAAUGGAGUCAAGGGUUUUUGGUUCUUGGAACACAAUUCGCCGGUGGAGUGUUUCUUGCAACCGCCUUGAUGCAUUUCUUGUCUGAUGCUGAUGAGACGUUUCGUGAUUUGUUGACGGCGGAAGGAGAGUCAGAGCCCUCUCCGGCGUACCCAUUUGCUUAUAUGUUGGCUUGUGCUGGUUUUAUGUUAACCAUGCUUGCUGAUUCUGUCAUCGCUCAUAUCUACUCAAAGACCCAAAACGAUUUGGAGCUUCAAGGAGAAGACAAAUCGAAUCAGACGUCAGCAACAACUGAAACUUCGAUUGGAGAUAGCAUUCUAUUGAUCGUAGCUCUCUGUUUUCACUCUGUCUUCGAAGGCAUAGCAAUUGGUAUCUCAGAGACUAAAUCAGAUGCUUGGAGAGCUCUAUGGACAAUAACACUCCACAAGAUAUUUGCAGCUAUUGCAAUGGGAAUUGCUCUUCUCCUUAUGAUCCCUGACCGUCCUUUGUUCUCAUCAAUCACUUAUUCUUUCGCAUUCGCCAUCUCGAGCCCAAUCGGUGUUGCGAUUGGAAUAGUAAUUGAUGCAACGACUCAAGGAUUGGUCACGGAUUGGAUAUUCGCAGUGUCGAUGAGCUUGGCGUGUGGGGUAUUUGUGUAUGUCUCGGUGAACCAUUUGUUGGCAAAAGGGUAUCGACCAAACAAGAAGGUGGGCAUCUGUGAAAUCGUGAUGAAUUUGGGAGAUUUGAACAAGGUCUGGGAAAUAAAGGCUUUGAAGAAGAAACCUAGAGAAGAUGAAGCGAGGAAGAUUCUGGAGAAAGUAGCUAAUCAGGUUCAGCCGAUUAUGACUAGACGAAAAUGGCGUGUCAAGGUUCUCUCUGAAUUCUGCCCAACAAAUCCAAGGCUUUUGGGGGUGAAUGUAAAUAGAGGCGUGCAAGUGAAAUUGAGGCUUAGGAGGGUAAACCAUGAUUUAGAUUUCUUAUCGUAUCAUGAAAUUCUCGACACCAUGCUCCACGAGCUUUGCCACAACGCUCAUGGUCCUCAUAACGCAAGUUUCUAUAAGCUUUGGGAUGAACUUCGAAAGGAAUGCGAGGAGUUGAUGUCAAAGGGUAUUACAGGGACGGGACAGGGAUUUGAUAUGCCUGGUAAGCGUUUGGGUGGACUUUCUCGUCAGCCUCCUCUAUCAUCUCUCAGAGCAACUGCAGCUACAGCAGCAGAAAAAAGAGUGCGUGCGGGAACUCUUUUACCUUCAGGACCUCAACGUCUUGGUGGUGAUAGCAGCAUUAUGUCAGAUCUUAGUCCAAUUCAGGCUGCUGCAAUGGCUGCAGAAAGACGUUUACUUGAUGAUAUUUGGUGUGGUUCCCAAUCUACAGAGGCUUUAGAAGACGAUGAGAAUGAUAGUGACACAUGUAAGGAACCCGUUUCCAUCAGGGAAACUUGUACGAGCAUGAAUGCUAAGUCUGUAAAAAGAUGUAAUAGCUGGUCCAAUGCCAAUUCUUGCCCUCCAUCUUCCAGUCAUCAAGGGGGAUCAGACGUCAUUGAUUUGACUGAGGAAUCUUUUGAAACAAGAUGUGCUAAAAGAAACUGCAGCCCAAGUGAUCAGGGUCCUUGUGCCAAAGAUGUACUGAACUCUGGUGUCACGAAGUCAUCGAUUACUUUGCCAUCGACGAGUUACAAUGGAAACCAAAGCAGAGAAGAAUCCACAAUGUGGGAGUGUGUAGAAUGCACCUUAUUGAACCCCUCAUUGGCUCCAAUAUGUGAGUUAUGCACUGCCGCAAAGCCAAAGGAAAGGGAGAUGAAGCACAAAGUCUGGUCUUGCAAAUUCUGCACGCUUGAAAACGAGGUGAAGUUAGAGAAAUGUGAGGCUUGUGGUCAGUGGAGAUACUCGUAUGGAGCACCAUUGUCGACUGGUGCUCCUAAUGUCGGCACUUGAGGGUAUAAGGACUAAAAGUCAAACUGUUAG